CUUGCAUCUUCUUCCAUUGAGCAUCGUGUGCGCACGCGCCUGAAGUGGGAAGCGUCAUUGAAUCAUUUUGUGGAAACUCCGUCUGUAGUCCCAGACCAUGAACUACGUGGGGCAGCUGGCAGAGUCUGUGUUUGUGACGGUGAAGGAGCUGUACCGGGGCCUGAACCCAGCCACGCUCACGGGGGGCAUCGAUGUCAUCGUGGUGCGGCAGCCCGACGGCAGCCUCCAGUGCUCCCCGUUCCACGUGCGCUUCGGCAAGCUUGGGGUGCUGCGCUCCAAAGAAAAAGUAGUGGACAUUGAGAUCAAUGGGGAGCCAGUUUACCUGCAAAUGAAGCUGGGGGACAACGGAGAAGCUUUUUUUGUGGAGGAAAAUGAAGAUUUUGAGUCCAGAGUGCCAGCCCACCUCUGCACGUCGCCCAUCCUCAUCGAGCUCCCGGAGGGGGCCGAGGAAACCUUCGAAGGCCCCCCCUGUUCCGGUAGCACACGCAGGAAAAAGCGGCGGCGCAAACGCAUACGCUCCGACUCCCACCUAAGAGAAGAUGGUAGCUCCUCGUCCGAUGAGAGGGAGAGAGAGCGGGAGCAGACGGAACAGGAGAGCCCUUCCAAAGAAGAGCCCACCACACCCAUGCUCGCCAGUAAGUCUGUGUAUUUCUCGCUGUUUGAGGAACCGUAUGAAGAGUUGGGGGCCGUGCAGACCAGGGACGUACAUCCUCACUCAGAGGGAGAGUGGUCCCCAUCAGAGAGCAGGAAAAGCACUCACACAUCUGAGGUUACUUGUUGCAGUGUGUUCUAUAGUCGUCCUUCCUCCCCCAAGAGUGACUCCGAGCUGCUGGUGAAGCCUCAGGAGUCCUCAGGGCCUCAGAUGCAGUGGAACUGGGGCGGCUUUCCCAAGAUGUGUUCGGCGGAGAGGGGGACGGUGGAGGUGCAGCGCGUCUCCCCCGGCAUCCACUGCUCGGACAGCUCCCACUUCCGCACCAUCCAGUGGCAGGACUCCUUCGACAUGGGCCAGGAGCCCGGUUUCAGCUGUGGCCGAGCGAACAGUAGCGUGACGGUAGUGGUCAGGCCCAAGCCCAGGACCGGACCAGCGGUCCAACCCACAGAGAGUUCCCCCAUAGACCUGGAGAGAACCUCUAAUGUGGCCCAAUCCACCCCAAAUCACCCCACCGCAGAGCCACUGACUUUAGCAUUGUUAGCGAUGGCUAGCAUAGACUCUCCCCAGGCUCCAGGGCAUACAAAAAAGCAGCCCCAAGUAGAGACCCUGCAGGCAGGGGAGGAGGUAGCCAAGGAGUCUGCAUCCAACCUGGAGCUGGAAGAGGCAAGAACCGUUAUGGAUAACACAGUUAGCAUGGCUAAUGUAGGAAAUAUUGAUGGCCUAGCUAGCGAAGGAAGCAUAGGCGAUGUUGAAUGUGUAGCUAACACGGUUAGCCUAAUUGAAAACGACUGCAUGGACACACACAUCCCAUCCAAAAAAGGUAGCAAAGCCGGCACAACCAGCACAGAUAGGCUAGCUAGCAACAGCACAGCUACUUUAGCAAACACUGCUAGCUUAGCUAACACCACUAGCUUAGCCAAUGCAGCUAGUUUAGCCAGUGUAGCAGGUCCCAACAUUAUCACAGAGUUUCUGGGUACCAUAGAACACCCAGACCAGUAUAGUGCCUUACCAGAAACCAAUGGACAGGGGUUUGCAGAAGGAGUUGUGAGUGAGGGCGACAGCGGGAUCAAGCCCUGCACCGAGGGAGGGGAGGAGACGGAGAACAAAUCUGUUAUGAUGGACAGAGCCACAGAGAGCUCCCUGACCAAUCAGGCUGCAGAGAGUGUCGGAGUGACAGACAUGGGAGCCACUGAGGCUCUGGGUGAGGAGCAUUCUGGCUCAGCAGAUACGACAGGCAAAGCAGAGCACCAGGACAAGAAGAAAGGUAAACGCAGUCAGCACCUGGGACCCUCCGACAUCUACCUGGACGACCUGUCUAACCUUGACCCAGAGGUGGCAGCUCUCUACUUCCCGCCUAAAGGUGAGACAGAAGGGGGCUUGCGGCCGGGUGCAGAGCAAGGGUCUGGGUCUGGGUCUGGUAACCAGUCUCCCCAGUCGGUGGGCAGCGGGGCCAUGGACAGCGGCACAGAGUACCUGUCGGACUCCACCACCGACCACAUGGAUGUCAGCAUGUCCCUCUGCGGCCGCACCGGCCACACCAGCCAAAUCAACAAAGAUAAGUUUAUGGAGCAAGUUGUGAACUACCAGGAUUUGGUGAGCAACCCUGGAAUCAUCGAAGAUCCAAAUCUGGUUAUCUGCAUCAACUCAAAGUAUUAUAACUGGGCAGUAGCUGCCCCUAUGGUCCUGUCAAUGCAAGUCUUUCAAAAGAAUCUACCAAAGAGUGCCAUUGACCAGCUGGUGAAGGAUAAGAUGCCAAAAAAGUCUGGCCGCUGGUGGUUCUCCUGGAGGAGGAAGGACAUGGACACUAACCCAAACCAGACUGGAGAGAAUUCCAAGCAGGACCAAGAGAAGGCACAAGCAGAGACUGAAGAAGCCUCAACCUCUGUUUCUGGUCCCUCAACAACGAUACUGGCGACUCUCGAUGACCUGACUAGCGAUGAGGAGACGGGCCUAGGCAGAGAGGGCAGCCUAUCAUCAGAGACCAUAGAGACCAGGACCACUGCCCAGUGUUUCAGCCAGAUGUACCGCAAGUCCCUACGCCUCACCUCCGAUCAGAUAGAGCGGUUGAACCUACGGGAGGGAGCCAACAAGGUUGUGUUCAGCGUGACCACUCAGUACCAGGGCACCUGUCGCUGCGAGGCCGCCAUCUACCUGUGGAACUGGGACGACCGCGUCGUCAUCUCAGACAUCGAUGGCACCAUCACCAAGUCUGAUGCUCUGGGGCAUAUCCUACCUCAGCUGGGGAAAGACUGGACACACCAGGGCAUCGCCCGACUGUACCACAAAAUACACCAGAACGGCUACAAGUUCCUGUACUGUUCGGCGCGGGCCAUCGGCAUGGCCGACAUCACCAAGGGCUACCUGCAGUGGGUGAACGACAAAGGCACCGUCCUCCCCAAGGGCCCCGUGCUGCUGGCCCCCAGCAGUUUCUUCUCUGCCCUGCACAGAGAGGUGGUGGAGAAGAAGCCAGAGGUGUUUAAGAUCGCCUGCCUCACCGACAUCCGAGACCUGUUCAAUCCCCAGAGGCAGCCCUUCUACGCAGCCUUCGGUAACAGGACCAACGAUGCCUAUGCUUAUAAGAAGGUGGGUGUCCCUGACACCAGGAUCUUCACUGUGAACCCCAAGGGAGAGCUCAUUCAGGAGAAGACCAAAGGGAACAAGUCAUCGUACACUCACCUCUGCGAGCUGGUGGAGCACUUCUUCCCUGAGAUCUCCAAGGAUGGGACGUCAUCCUCCUUCCACUGCCCUGAGUACAGCCACUUCUCCUACUGGAGAGAGCCCCUACCACCACUGGACCUGUCUUCUCUGGACUAGACACGCGCAUACAACUGGACCAAUCCUCUCUGGACUAGAUGCGCGCAUGCACACAGUCUUUCUUUCCUCCCCUUUUGCUCUCUCUCUCUCGUUCCUUCUCUCUCUCACUUUCGAUCCCUUUCUGAAUUCAGAAAUAGUUUUACUAAGCGUUCAUUGCCUGGAAUAUUCUAGAUGUGAAAGGUUCUCAUUUAAUAUACUCUAUAUUCUUAUAUUCUGUGUCAUUCAUCUGAUGAAAUAGAACAAAACUAAAGUGUAUGGCUUUCAAAUAAAUUACUGGGACACACAUGCACAGAGCCAAACUGAGACAAAAUAUGAACCGAUGACUGUUAAUUUUACGCAACACCGUAUAUUUGAUAUUGUGGAAUAUUGAUUGCAAAAAGUCACUGCACUGGCUGUGCCAUAUUGCCAUUAUCCAAACGAUACUGGAGCAAGGUGCAUUUGCGCUGCUCAAGAGUUCCAAAAAUAGUUUUUCCAUUUUAUAUCACUAUUAGCAUACCUGCAUACUAGUAUACAAUAUGAAUUAUUACCUCCACGUACAGACGCAACUGGACAAAAACACCCUAUUUUAGUUUUAGGUUGGUUUAAAAAAAAUAUUUUCCACUAUAUUGCCUGAACUUUCUACUUCAUUUCAUGUAUGCAUACCGUUCCAUCCUAUUUAUUGUUCUGAAAAACAUAUUUAUUAGCUCAUUGUACAAUUGUGUGCAAAACAUGGACCAAUACAGCUUCUUAGCGUAGAAAAGGCAUUGUAAGUAAGCAUUUAGCUUAACUAAGCCCUCCAAAAAACAAUGCCAAACAAUUUGAGUAUUUAUGCUUUGUGUUCUAGUGGGACUGAUCUGGACUGGUCCAACUUUCUUUCUGCCUGUACUCGCUGUAGUGCAUUGCAGUGAUGUUGACUACUCAGUAGGCUACUUUAAAGGGAUAGUUCACCCAAAUUCCUCCCUUUUUUCUUUACUUUAAAAGUAGUCGAUAGACUAUGAUAGACUGCAGUUUCACUCUUCCCACGUGAUGGUGGAACAUUGAAUGUCAACGUGACCAAGUAACCGUUCUUAGGGUUUUACAUUAGAUGAGUAAAGGACAAACCUUUUUCUUUUUACAGUGCUCAAAUGAGAUCAGUGUAAAAACUCAAAAAAAGCAACAGAAGUGUGUGUGCAUGUUGACCCUAAAAAGUAUAUUGUAGCUUGAAAAUACAGUCCGUGUAAUGGAGAAAAUGUGCUGAGUUGUAGCCUAACGUGAUGAGUAAGCCCGCCUGAGACCAAAAGGACUCGGAACUGUUGCUUUUGACUGGAAGCUAGCUUUUUGAUCUAGUUUAUAGAUGACUUCGCUAUGUAUUUUGGAGCUCUUGCGUCAAGGAUUUGGUAGCAGUUGGAUACACAGGCCCCAACCAGAAACAAUGCCUAGCCCCUGCCCCCACAGCAGUCAGGAUGGUGGAUCAGGCUUCUUGCCCCCUGGGAAAAUUAUUGUUUCAGAUCUACACAAGAGACGAGGGAGUAGGGCCUGCGGUUGUUUCAGGACAGGGGAAAUGGCAGAGUAGGUUAGGGGUUCAUUCUAAAGUCAGGGCUAAUGCUAUAGCCCCUCAUUAGCUUUAGUUCCACAAAGGUUUGUUAUGGGAGAGAUCUGGGCAGAAUGUGUGUUGCUACUACUAGUUAACAGUAGGCUCGGAUCACACCUCUCCCUUUAAGGUACUACACUACAUGGUUUCGAGCUGAGCCAGAUAGAUAUCUAUAUAUGGUUUUGAUAUGGUUUCAUACUAGGCCAUAUGUAAAUCGGGUGGUUCAGAGUCGGACACAUUCCAGGGUUGAGUAAAUAGAACCAGUUGGGGAAUUGAAAUGGCCAUGGUCUGGUUUGACACGGUGCCUUCUUGCUUAUAUGAUUCAUGCUUUUAUAUGCAUUGAUAUUUCUAAAUAUAUUGUGUAAUGUCAUCCAAAGUAAUACCAUGGGCUCUGUGUGGAGACUAGAGACUUUGCAUUGGACCCGAAAAGCCCUGUCGUUGCUGUAUGUUUUUAUCAAAUUAUCUUAAUAUGAAGUAAAUAGUGUAAAACCCA